AGACCCCAGGCCAGCCUCCGGGCGCUGCAGUUCUCCCGGCUAAUGCUGAGGCUGCGGCUCGAGCUCUCUCUAGCACAGGAUCUGCCGCCGCGCCCGGCCCCAGCGCCCACCGGCUGCAUGUGCGCGUCUUAGCCGCCUGGCCAGCCUGCAGCCCGCGCUCGCCGGAGCGCUGGAGACCACCGCGGGGGCCCCUGCUGCCCUUGGGAGAAUCGCUCUUGGAGGUAUUGAUUUUGGUGGCUGGAUUCUCCCCUUGGAUCUAUCAAUUCACUCUUCGAAUUUGGAAGAAAGAAGGAAAACAUGACGUCUCCAGCCAAAUUCAAAAAAGAUAAGGAGAUCAUAGCAGAGUACGAUACUCAGGUCAAAGAGAUCCGCACUCAGCUCACAGAACAGAUGAAAUGCCUGGACCAGCAGUGUGAGCUCCGGGUGCAGCUGCUGCAGGACCUCCAGGACUUCUUCCGGAAGAAGGCUGAGAUCGAGAUGGACUACUCUCGCAACCUGGAGAAGUUGGCCGAGCGCUUCCUGGCCAAGACCCGCAGCACCAAGGACCAGCAGUUCAAGAAAGACCAGAACGUUCUUUCUCCGGUCAACUGCUGGAAUCUCCUCUUAAACCAGGUGAAGCGAGAGAGCCGGGACCAUACCACCUUGAGCGACAUCUACCUGAAUAACAUCAUCCCUCGAUUUGUCCAAGUCAGCGAAGACUCAGGAAGACUCUUUAAAAAGAGUAAAGAAGUUGGCCAGCAGCUCCAAGACGAUUUGAUGAAGGUCCUGAACGAGCUAUACUCGGUCAUGAAGACAUAUCACAUGUACAAUGCCGACAGCAUCAGUGCCCAGAGCAAGCUCAAGGAGGCCGAGAAGCAGGAGGAGAAGCAGAUUGGCAAAUCGGUAAAGCAGGAGGACCGUCAGACCCCGCGCUCCCCUGACUCCUCGUCCAAUGUCCGCAUUGAAGAGAAGCAUGUCCGGAGGAGCUCAGUGAAGAAGAUCGAGAAGAUGAAGGAGAAGCGCCAAGCCAAGUACACGGAGAAUAAACUGAAGGCCAUUAAAGCCCGGAAUGAGUAUUUGCUGGCUUUGGAAGCAACCAAUGCGUCUGUCUUCAAGUACUACAUCCACGACCUGUCUGACCUUAUUGAUCAGUGUUGUGACCUCGGCUACCACGCUAGCCUGAACCGGGCCCUGCGCACUUUCCUCUCCGCUGAGUUAAACCUGGAACAGUCAAAGCACGAAGGUCUGGAUGCUAUUGAGAAUGCUGUGGAGAACCUGGACGCCACUAGUGACAAGCAGCGCCUCAUGGAGAUGUACAACAAUGUCUUCUGUCCACCUAUGAAGUUUGAGUUCCAGCCCCACAUGGGGGACAUGGCUUCCCAGCUCUGUGCCCAGCAGCCUGUCCAGAGCGAGCUGGUCCAGAGAUGCCAACAACUGCAGUCUCGCUUAUCCACCCUGAAGAUUGAGAACGAGGAGGUCAAGAAGACAAUGGAGGCCACCCUGCAAACCAUUCAGGACAUUGUGACCGUGGAGGAUUUUGAUGUGUCUGACUGUUUCCAGUACAGUAACUCCAUGGAGUCUGUUAAGUCCACGGUGUCCGAAACCUUCAUGAGCAAGCCCAGCAUUGCCAAGAGGAGAGCCAACCAGCAGGAGACAGAGCAGUUCUAUUUCACGAAAAUGAAGGAGUACCUGGAGGGCAGGAACCUCAUCACCAAGUUACAAGCCAAGCACGACCUGCUCCAGAAAACCCUGGGAGAAAGUCAGCGGACAGAUUGCAGUCUGGCCAGGCGGAGCUCAACUGUGAGGAAGCAGGAUUCCAGCCAGGCAAUUCCUCUGGUGGUAGAAAGUUGUAUCCGGUUCAUCAGCAGACACGGACUGCAGCACGAAGGAAUUUUCCGGGUGUCAGGAUCCCAGGUGGAAGUGAAUGACAUCAAAAACGCCUUCGAGAGAGGAGAAGACCCCUUGGCUGGAGACCAGAACGACCAUGACAUGGACUCCAUAGCUGGUGUGUUGAAGCUUUAUUUCCGGGGGCUGGAACACCCCCUCUUCCCUAAGGACAUCUUCCACGACCUGAUUGCCUGCGUCACAAUGGACAACCUUCAGGAGCGAGCACUGCACAUCCGGAAAGUCCUGCUGGUCCUGCCCAAAACCACUCUGAUCAUCAUGAGAUACCUCUUUGCCUUCCUCAAUCACUUGUCACAGUUCAGUGAGGAGAACAUGAUGGACCCCUACAACCUCGCCAUCUGCUUCGGGCCCUCGCUGAUGUCAGUGCCCGAGGGCCACGACCAGGUGUCCUGCCAGGCGCACGUGAACGAGCUGAUCAAAACCAUCAUCAUCCAGCAUGAGAACAUCUUCCAGAACGCCAGGGAGCUGGAGGGCCCCGUCUACAGCAGAGGUGGAAGCAUGGAGGAUUACUGUGAUAGUCCUCAUGGGGAGACUACCUCGGCUGAAGACUCAACCCAGGAUGUGACCACAGAGCACCACAUGAGCGAUGACGAGUGUGAGCCCAUUGAGGCCAUUGCCAAGUUUGACUACGUGGGCCGGACGGCCCGAGAGCUGUCCUUCAAGAAGGGGGCGUCCUUGCUGCUGUAUACACGGGCUUCUGACGACUGGUGGGAAGGCCGGCACAAUGGCAUUGACGGACUCAUCCCCCAUCAGUACAUCGUGGUCCAAGACACCGAGGACGGUGUCGUGGAGAGGUCCAGCCCCAAGUCUGAGAUUGAGGUCAUUUCUGAGCCACCUGAAGAAAAGGUGACAGCCAGAGCGGGGGCCAGCUGUCCCAGUGGGGGUCAUGUAGCCGAUAUUUAUCUUGCAAACAUCAACAAGCAAAGGAAGCGGCCGGAAUCUGGGAGCAUCCGGAAAACAUUUCGGAGCGACGGCCACGGGCUGAGCAGUUCCCUUACCGACUCCUCCCCGGGGGUGGGGGCCAGCUGCCGCCCAUCCUCCCAGCCCAUCAUGAGCCAGAGUCUCCCCAAAGAAGGAUCAGAUAAGUGCUCAGUCAGUGGGCACGGGAGCCUCAACUCCAUCAGCCGCCACUCAUCCCUGAAGAAUCGGCUGGACAGUCCGCAGAUCCGGAAGACGGUGACGGCGGGAAGGUCAAAAAGCUUCAACAACCAUCGGCCCAUGGACCCGGAGGUCAUUGCACAGGAUAUCGAGGCCACCAUGAACUCUGCCCUGAACGAGCUGCGGGAGCUGGAACGCCAGAGCAACGUCAAGCACACCCCUGACGUGGUUCUGGACACCUUGGAGCCCCUCAAAACCUCCCCGGUGGUGGCCCCCACCUCAGAGCCCUCCAGCCCCCUGCACACCCAGCUCCUCAAGGACCCUGAGCCCGCCUUCCAGCGCAGCGCCAGCACCGCUGGGGACAUCGCCUGCGCCUUCCGGCCCGUCAAGUCUGUCAAGGCAGCUGCCCCAGUCAAACCGCCGGCCACCCGACCCAAGCCCGCCGUCUUCCCCAAGACAAACACCACCAGUCCCGCUGUCAAUUCAUCCGCUUCCCCACAGUCUACUGACAAGUCCUGUACUGUCUGAUCGAUAUAAUUUAAGUGUUCUAGACAAGGGGACUAUAGAGACUGAAGACUGUUAUUAAAAAUCUUCCUAUUUAACUAGCUUGGGGACUUCAGUUGAACAUUAGAGUUUAAGUUGUUCUUGCAGGAAUUAGCCUUCCCGACUCCCAGAACCUUGAGAAUGAUGCCCUUGUUAAGGCCCUUCCUUCCCUCUCCCACUGCCCUCUGCUUCCUCCAGUCGUGGUAAUCCAGUCAGUUACAGUACAUGCCAUUCUUAGGUUAGCCAGAGAUAGGGUUUUUUUCAUUAUCAGGUCACUGUGAAAUUUGGCGAGGCAAGCCAUCAAGAGGUGGGCUCAAGUCUCAGUCCUCCCAAGCCACAGGGCAUCUCUUGGCUGUCAGCAUCCAACAGUGGCAUCCUGUUUUGGGGUACUGAUUAUAGAGAAUCAUAUAUAGUCCAUUCUUUGUUUUACACGUGUGCGCGCACACACAGACACAAUACUUGUAGGUUUUUUAGUCUCUGGCAUGUGUAGCCUCUCCUGGUCUUAGACCAGCCUCUUUGUAAGUUAUUGUGGCAGUUCACACAGCUGCCACCUGGGGACCCUGUUUCCGUUAAAAUCCUUGUUCUGUCUGGGCCCAAGAACCUAGUCUUGGAAAUCUCUCCACCUUUAUGAAGUUAAGCAGGAUGGGACUCGAUCCUGGAAUUAAUUGUUUUGGGGCUGGGGGCUUUCUCUCUGAACAUUCUUUCUUCCUGUGACUUGGUCAUUGGUGUUUGCUUUUACUCUCUUCCACCACUGGAAGUACAACCCGAUCGUAUGAAGGCACUUCUACCCUUUCUUUCUGAAUGUAUAGACAUUUCCUGGGUUCCUGUCUUUGUCUCUGAUGGAUCAUUUUCCAUUUGAAACAUUUACCUGGAUAAGACAGUUUUACAGCCAGUUCCUCUAAGGGUAUGGAGUUUUGAGGGUUCAGUUAUUUAUGGCAGAUUUCAAAAAGGUAAAAAAUAGGUCCUCCUCCUUCCUACUUUUUUAGGCACUUAAACCGUAAAAUUCAUUCUCCUCUAUUUAUACAUAUUUUUAAAAAAAUCAGCCUUGCUAACCCCAAAAUUGCCCCCAAUGAGAACUUGUGGACUAAAUUUACCCCUUAGUUUGGUUAUUAUACAAGGUCUCUCUUC